UCUGCAUAUCCACGUGGUUUGAGCGCGCGUCCAUGUUGGUGAUCCUGCUGAACUGCGUGACACUGGGCAUGUUCCAUCCCUGCGAGGACAGCCAAUGUGACACCGAGAGGUGCAGGAUCCUGCAGGACUUUGACGACUUCAUCUUUGCGUUCUUCGCCAUCGAGAUGGUGAUCAAGAUGGUGGCUCUGGGGAUUUUUGGCAAGAAGUGUUACCUCGGUGACACAUGGAACCGCUUGGACUUCUUCAUUGUGCUGGCCGGGAUGCUGGAGUACUCCCUCAACCUGCAGAACGUCAGCUUCUCUGCCGUGAGGACGGUUCGCGUGCUGAGGCCACUGAGAGCCAUCAACCGCGUGCCAAGUAUGCGGAUCCUGGUGACCCUGCUCCUCGACACCCUGCCUAUGCUGGGAAACGUGCUGCUGCUCUGCUUCUUCGUCUUCUUCAUAUUCGGCAUCGUGGGCGUCCAGCUGUGGGCCGGUCUGCUCAGAAACCGCUGCUUUGUGGAAGACAACUUCUCUUUCCCCCUGUCUGUGAAGGCGGAGAAGCUGCACGACUACUACCAGACCGAAAAUGACGACGAGGGCCCCUUCAUCUGCUCUCAGCGACGGGACAACGGCAUGAGGGACUGCGGCUCGGUGCCCAAGCUGUACGAGGGAGGCGUGCAGUGCAACCUGGACAUGGAGUCGUACAACAACACCGACAACACCACUUGCGUCAACUGGAACCAGUACUACACCAAGUGCACCGCUGGCCCGCGCAACCCUUUCAAGGAUGCCAUCAACUUUGACAACAUCUGCUACGCCUGGAUCGCCAUCUUUCAGGUGAUUACUUUGGAGGGCUGGGUGGAUAUCAUGUACUUUGUGAUGGAUGCGCACUCCUUCUACAACUUCAUCUACUUCAUCCUGCUAAUUAUCAUCGGCUCAUUCUUCAUGAUCAAUCUGUGCCUGGUCGUCAUCGCAACUCAGUUCUCGGAGACCAAGCAGAGGGAGAGCCAGCUGAUGAAGGAGCAGCGGGUGCGCUUCAUGUCCAACGCUAGCACACUGGCCUCCCUCUCAGAGCCAGGAUCCUGCUAUGAUGAGCUCCUCAAGUACCUGGUUCAUAUUAUCCAAAAGGGGGCCAAACAAGUGGCCCAUGUGUGCAGGUUCUUGGCUCGGCGUGCUGGGUUCAACAUAGCUGCUUCGCCCCCACCCGUGGACCCUCAACGUAGCCAGAGUCAGAGGAGGAGGAGGAGGAAGUCUUCCUGCAAGGGAUCUGUGUCUGUUCAUCACAUGGUGCACCACCACCACCACCACCACCACUACCACCUGGGAAAUGGAAGUAUUAGGAGAGGAGGGAGUAUACGAUGUAUGGAGGGUAGGGAUGUGGAAGCUGGAGCUCAUAACAACAAUGGAGGGGGUCUUACGUCGGACAGUGGACACCUUGCUUUGGCGUCACCCACUUCUGUAACAGCAGCCACCUCUGAUUCAAACCUUGUCACUUUGUCCAAUCCCACUGUGGGAGCCGCAGAUUUAGCUUCAGUUCGGAACGCAUUCAACGUGGAAGCUCUUUGCAGUACCCCUUCUGGUACAUGGACGGGGCCAACUCCAGGCUCCUUCUCUCUGGCCCCGGCUCCUGUGUCGAGGGCCAUGAAGAGGAACUCGGUGCCCUUUGCCGCACCAGGUCCCAAAAACUAUCCCACCCUGCAGGCCCGAGCACUGGAAGAGGCCAGACGUGGGAGUAUUGCAACAAGCACUCUGACCAGCAUCAACUUCAACCUCAAUAUCCCACCAAAUGCCAUGGAGAGACGAUCGACCCUGGUGGACACACACUCGCCCACAGCAUCUGACCCUUCGCGCUCUGUUGCAGCCCAGCCCUCCAGCCAGCUGUCGGCCCGCGACCUCAGCGCCAUCGACGCGGCCGCUUUCACGCUGGAUCCCGAGAGCUGCCCCUACUGUGCCAAGGCCCUGGCUAACGAAUCGGAGGGCAACGAGACCCCCGGUGACUCCGACAGCGAGGGCGUGUACGAGUUCACCCAGGACGUCCACCACAGGGACAGGAGGGACAGCCGGCAGCCCAAAAAGAAGCACCGUAGCCUGGGCAAAACAGCGGCGAGGGUGGUUCACUUCUGGAGGCUGGUGUGCGACACUUUCCGGAAGAUCGUCGACAGCAAGUACUUCGGACGUGGGAUUAUGAUCGCCAUCCUGAUCAAUACUCUAAGCAUGGGAAUCGAGUACCAUGAACAGCCUGAUGAGUUGACCAAUGCACUGGAGAUCAGUAACAUCGUGUUCACCAGCCUCUUCUCCCUGGAGAUGCUGUUGAAGGUUUUGGUUUACGGGCCCUUUGGCUACAUCAAGAACCCCUACAAUAUCUUUGAUGGCAUCAUUGUGGUUAUUAGUGUGUGGGAGAUUGUUGGCCAGCAGGGCGGCGGCCUCUCGGUGCUCAGAACCUUCCGGCUGAUGCGGGUGUUGAAGUUGGUGCGCUUCAUGCCGGCACUGCAGAGGCAGCUGGUGGUGCUGAUGAAGACCAUGGACAACGUGGCCACCUUCUGCAUGCUCCUCAUGCUCUUCAUCUUCAUCUUCAGUAUUCUGGGGAUGCAUCUGUUUGGCUGCAAGUUUGGCUCGGAGAGGGACGAGGACACUCUGCCAGACAGAAAGAACUUUGACUCUCUUCUCUGGGCCAUCGUGACCGUCUUCCAGAUCCUCACACAGGAAGACUGGAACAAGGUGUUAUACAACGGCAUGGCGUCCACCACUCCCGUCGCCGCCCUCUACUUCAUCGCCCUCAUGACCUUCGGGAAUUACGUCCUCUUCAACUUGCUGGUGGCCAUCUUGGUGGAGGGUUUCCAGACAGAGGAAAUAACCAAGCGGGAGGACUUGCAUGCCCAGCCGAGCCUAAUUCAGCUGCCUGUAGAGUCAGGGGGUGAUGAUUCUAAAGCAGGUUCGGAGAUUGAUUCCUUCGCACGGAGUUUGGAGGAUGUUAACGGCAGCAAGAAGGACUUAUCAGCCUCUGCAGUAGUGCCUGUAAAUGGCCACGUGGACCUGAAGACCAACCUGACCCCCCCUCUUAUUACUCACACGGCUGCCACCCCCAUGCCCAUACCCAAGCUGCCCAUCGGAGGUGACCCCAUCCUGGGCUAUGAGUCACGUCGAGGCAGCAGCGUCUCCAUGGACCCGGCCUGCUAUGACAAAUCACCGGCUAGUGCCCGAAGCGUCUCGCCCUACGCCCCAUGGAGCUCAGGCAGUGGGUGGACCAGCCGAAGAUCCAGCUGGAACAGCCAGGGUCGCGUCCCGUCAAUCAAACGCCAGAAGAGACUGUCCGGGGAGCGGCGCUCGCUACUCUCCGAGGAGGGCGGCUCCAGCUCAGAAGAUGGGGAGGGUGGAGGAGAUGGAGGAGGAGGAAAAGGAGGGUUAAUGGAGGAUGAUAACUCCUCCCUGGCCAGGACUGACUCCAUGUCGCAGUCGCACAGAGGUCCACGACAUCGGAGGAUGGAAUCAGUGGAGACUCGGAGCUCCAUGGAUUUGCCCCCUGAUGCUCUGCUCCAGGUGCCGUACUUGUACCGCUCGGCCAGCAUGCACAGCUCAAGACCCCCUUCACUGAGCCACCUGCGGCCCAUAGAGCACAGUGACUGCAACGGAAAGGGCUCUUUAUCAGUUCUGGGUCCAACACACGUCUCACUGGAGGACAACACUGAAGACGAAAACGCGGAGGAGGAGCCUCAUCUGGGUCGUUUUGCCAGAUUGUUCCGCUGGUUGGAGAAGAAGCAGCCGGAGUAUUGUCGACAGAGAGACACCUGGUCCCUCUACCUCUUCCCUCCCGAGUCCAGGUUUCGGAUCGUGUGCAACAAGAUCAUCGCCCACAAGAUGUUCGACCACAUCGUGUUGGUCAUCAUCUUCCUCAACUGCAUCACAAUCGCCAUGGAGAGGCCUCGCAUCGACCCCACCAGCGCUGAGCGGCUCUUCCUCACGCUGUCCAACUACAUCUUCACGGCGAUCUUCGUGACGGAGAUGACGGUGAAGAUUGUGGCGCUGGGCUGGUGUUUCGGGGACAAGUCGUACCUGAGGAGCAGCUGGAACAUUCUGGACGGGAUGCUGGUGAUGAUUUCCGUCAUUGACAUCCUGGUGUCGCUCAUCUCCAACUCGGGCACCAAGAUCCUGGGCAUGCUGCGAGUGCUGAGGCUGCUGAGGACCCUGAGGCCGCUACGGGUGAUCAGCAGAGCCCCAGGGCUGAAGCUGGUGGUGGAGACCCUGAUGUCAUCACUGAAGCCCAUCGGCAACAUUGUGGUCAUCUGCUGCGCCUUCUUCAUCAUCUUUGGCAUCUUGGGAGUGCAGCUCUUCAAGGGGAAGUUUUUCUUCUGUCAAGGUUUAGAACAUCAUGUGAAGAACAUCACCAACAGGUCAGACUGUGUGCAGGCCAACUACAAAUGGAUCAGACACAAGUACAACUUUGACAACCUCGGACAGGCCUUAAUGUCUCUGUUUGUUCUGGCGUCAAAAGACGGUUGGGUGGACAUAAUGUAUAAUGGACUGGAUGCUGUAGGAGUGGACAAACAGCCAGAAUUGAACUACAACCCAUGGAUGCUGCUUUACUUCAUCUCGUUCCUGUUGAUCGUGGCCUUCUUCGUGCUCAACAUGUUCGUGGGCGUGGUGGUGGAGAACUUCCACAAGUGCCGGCGCCACCAGGAGGCCGAGGAGGCCAAGCGCAGGGAGGCGAAGAGAUUGAAACGCAGGGAGAAAAAGAGACGGAGUAAGGAGAAGGAGCUGGCUGAUUUAAUGGUUCCGGGGGUGAGUUGGGCCCUUUCUGACGGCACAUUAAAAGAAGCUCAGAACAAGCCCUACUACUCCGAUUACUCCCCCACUCGCCUUCUCAUCCACAAGAUGUGCACCAGCCACUACCUGGACCUGUUCAUCACAAUCGUCAUAGGCCUCAACGUCAUCACCAUGUCCAUGGAGCACUACCAGCAACCUCAGGAGUUGGACGAGGCGCUGAAGAUCUGUAACUACAUUUUCACCCUCAUCUUUGUGCUGGAGACCGUCUUCAAGCUGGUGGCCUUCGGUUUGCGGCGCUUCUUCAAGGACAGGUGGAACCAGCUGGACCUGGCCAUUGUGCUGCUAUCUAUCAUGGGCAUCACUCUGGAGGAGAUUGAGGUCAACGCUUCACUGCCCAUCAACCCCACCAUCAUUCGCAUCAUGAGGGUGCUGAGGAUUGCACGAGUAUUGAAGCUAUUGAAGAUGGCGGUGGGGAUGAGAGCUCUGCUGGACACCGUUAUGCAAGCCCUGCCUCAGGUGGGGAAUCUGGGUCUUCUCUUCAUGCUUCUCUUCUUUAUCUAUGCAGCACUGGGAGUGGAGCUGUUUGGUGACUUGAUUUGUGACGAGCUGCACCCUUGUGAGGGUCUCGGGCGCUACGCGACAUUUAAAAACUUUGGUAUGGCGUUCCUGCUGCUUUUCCGAGUUUCCACCGGAGACAACUGGAACGGCAUCAUGAAGGACACAUUAAGAGACUGUGCUCAAGACACCAACACCUGUUACAACACUGUGGUCUCCCCCAUCUACUUCGUCUCGUUCGUGCUCACCGCUCAGUUCGUCCUCGUCAACGUCGUCAUCGCCGUCCUGAUGAAGCACCUGGAAGAGAGCAACAAGGAAGCCAAAGAAGGGGCUGAGGCCGAGGCCGACCUGGAACUGGAGUUCCAGAUGGACGGAGGAGACUUGGCGACACGGUCCCCUCAGCUACACCCCCUCACGCUGGGCUUUGACAGGUCCAGUUCAGGGGGUUCACCCUGGAGGUCCACCGGAGGAGGGGACAGGGAACAGGAUCGGGACGGUCCUAUGGACUCACCCACCGCCGACAUAACCAGAGACUCUGUGAACAUCAGAGAAGACACCCCUCCGUGCCUGGACCCCCCACUGGAGUUUGUCCAGCGGAGAGCGCUGUUUGACUCGGUCUCCCUGGUCAUCCAGGGUUCAAUGGAGGGAGAGUUGAGUCUGAUGGACAACCUGUCCGGCUCUAUCUGCCACUUCUACGCGCUGCCGCCCAAGUCCAGCAAACGCAGCAGCGACAAGAUCCCUCUAGCGGAGAUGGAAGCUCUGUCUCUGGCCUCUGAGAAUUCCUGGUCCCUAGCUCUGACCGACGACUCGGCCCCCGACGAUUUUAACCCCCUCUUUCUAAGCAGCCUGGAAUGCAACCCGGAGCAGCUUGAUCCAGGGGAGCCGCAGCGGGACGACCUGCUGAGUGUCAGGAAGCCCAUGGUGGGACGCACACACUCCCUGCCCAACGACAGCUACAUGUUCUUCCCCCUGCAGCCCUUUGGUCCAGCACAGCUUUUAGCUCAGUCACACGGGUACCAGUACAUGCAGGACUCCCACAGAGCCCAGUCAGGCUCCAGUGCCUCUGUGCGCUCGCAGCCGGAGGAGUUCUCCCAGCAGCUGACCGUUCCCUCGGAACUCUUCAGACCCAUCAGCCCCCACAGCCACUCAGACUCGGAGAGUAUACCACGACUGCCUCCACCCAGGCGCACGCACACACUCAGCCGCACGCUCCGCAGACAGCUCAGUCGGGCCCCAAAGCCGCCCGACCCCGAGCUCCUGCUCAAACACAGAUACUCCUGUUUCUGAAAAUGCCGCAGACUUUAGUAGCGACCACUGGGUUUUUCCAGAAACACCGGACUCCAUGUUCAUCUUCACACAGACAGACACUGAAUCACACGCAAACAAACAAACAGGCUUCCCCAUCUUUUUUCCGGCAUUUCUUUCUCUCUUAUUUUGUAUUGUUUUUAUUUCUGCUAACCAUCAGCCACAGAGCAACUAAACCUCACAGGAAACAUUUACCUGUAGGAAGUUUAUUAAUUCCUUUUCUAUUUUUGAAGCAGGAGUCAGACAAAAGUGUGUCUGUACUUACACAACUCAGGGAAGCGCUGUCCAUAUAUGCAUUUGGCCAUUUUGUACACACACAUGUUGAUAGAGCACUUGUGUAUUUUCUAUUGUAUAGUAAAGUGCUUAAAGGUAAAUCAUUGUUAAGCAGAGUGUGGUAGUUGUUGUACUUGAUUGUUUUUUUUUUUUGCUUAAAAAAAAAAGAGGUGUUUUUUUACCGCUCCAGUGUGCACACUUACUACCUGCUGUGGCUGGUGAUUGGUUUGUCCUGGCUGUUUUCUCUGUGACCACUAGGUGUCUCUGUGGUCACAUCAGUCAGACUCAUUUAUGCAGGGAAACUCAGCAUCACGCUUCUGCCCCAAGAACUCAUUCAUGCCUUCUUUUUUCUCCCCCCCGUUUUCCAUGGAUUCAAGUGCUUGAAUUAACACAAUUCCCCAGAAUUCUGUUGAAAUAUCUUUCAUUUGCUUCACACAGUCAGUGAGACACAUUUUAACCAUGCUUUCUAACGCUUCCUCUCCGACAGUAGUUGCAUAUCGAGUUCAGCCUCCACCUAUUGACCUCACACUUAAAGGUGCGCGAACACUGAUCCGAACUGGGCUGUAAAUUCAACAAAAACGUGUUCAGGGCUUUAUGUGUAAGGUCAAAGGUCAGAGGUCAGGUGGUGUGGUUCAGAGUUCACCGUGUCGUGCAGCACUUGAUGUAAUGAUACAUUAAAAGCAGCAGCAGCCAAAUUGAUAUUUCAGCCUCUGAAAGUAACCCCCCACUGUUUAAUUUCUCAAAAAUGUGUACUAAUAAUAUUAAAUCUUUCAAAGAAGUAAUUCUUUUCCACGUGUCAGCCAUUUUAACAAGCUCUGUCUGAUAUUUUCUCCAAAGAUAAAAUGUUUAAUUACCUCAUUAGAGAUUCUUAAAUAAGAACUGUGAGCACUGGCAGCGUCAAGUCUCCACCUCACACUCUGGCUUUCAAAUGAGCAGUGAUGUCACACUGACCUGCACACGUCUGUGUUCACAUCACAUGCAACAGCGUUGAAGUUUCCACCUUCAGCUGAUCCAAGUGAAUCAAGCAGCCAGGGAUCUACUCCUUAUGUGUGUUAAAAAUAAAAGCAUAGAUUAGUCUUGAUGAUGAAGCAUAAAGUAGAGUUGGCAAAUAUUACUACAGUAUUUAAAUGACGCAUACUUCGUAUCUCACGUACUCUUGCCCCGCCUCCUGAACUCAACUCAGUUACCAGCAGUUUUCUUUUACUGAAUCUUUCAAAAGUUUGCCACAGAAAACUAUGACAUCGUGCUAAAUAAACACAUCACUCUGCUGCUCAGACUGUGAACUUUCACCCAAACUGCCACUUCUCAUCGUCAUCACCUCACACUAACUAGUUUCCCCCUGUCAUUUUUUUUCUGAUUCCUGUACACACCCCUCCCUUCCCUCCCUCGCUCAUUGACGUCCAUCUCCUCCC